AACGGAUUCGAACCGGCGUCCUGUGCGUCUUCAAAGAGGUCGCCGAGCUGGCACACACUGGCAUCCUCACUCACCACAUAUUUACGAGGCUCAUUCCACGGACCGAAGUAUACGUCCAACGCAACUUCAUUGGGCCCCAAUGUGAUCUCACCAUGGUCCUCAGCUUCGUCAUUGGGACUCAGUCCGGACUCCAGCGCGGCGGACUCCAGCGCGGCGGACUCCAGCGCGGCGGACUCCAGCGCGGCGGACUCCAGCAACGGCGUUUCUCUCUCAGAUACGGAGCCAGUGGCCGAGCUGUCGGUUCGUUCCCCUGAAUCAUCGACUACUGAAUCGUCGGCUGGUCGGUCUAUUACCGAUUCCUCAUCCUUCCCUUCCCUCCUCAUCCUUCCGUGGUCCGUUUCAUGUGUAGCAAGUUUUUUGAGGACCACUGCGACAGGCAUCAAUUGUGGACCGAAAGUCCAAGCCCUA